AUGUCCGCCUUCGUCCAAUGGCUCAAUCGCGAGUCGGGCUUUCAAUCCAUCUCCACCUACGGCAAUACUGACAUCUACCUGAUUCUGCUUACUCGCUUUCUUCGCAUGUUUGCCUAUGGUGGCGCCGCCCUCGUCCUGGCCAUCUUCUUGUACACUCAAGCCGGGGUUGAUUGGAAAAAGACAGGCACAUUCAUGACAUUGACGUUGCUGGGCGACGCGGCGAUCAGUUAUGGGCUGACCAUCGUGGCUGACAAGAUUGGCAGAAGACGUGUGUUGCUAAUAGGAUCUCUGCUAAUGAGUUUUGCCGGGACGGUGUUCGCACUGAGCAAGAAUUACUAUCUGCUUUUGUUUGCGGCUAUUGUGGGUGUGAUAUCCCCAGGAGCACAUGAAGUCGGACCAUUUCGUGCUGUCGAAGAAGCAAUCCUUGCCCAACUUUCCCCCCUUGAGGCUCGUACAGAUAUCUACGCCUGGUUUGCCGUGUCGUCCACUCUGGCAAUGGCCUGCGGUCUAUUUGUUACAGGAUGGCUGACCUAUGCCCAACGGACCUACAUGGAGCGAGACUGGAAAGAGACAUACCCUCCUGUUUUUGGUCUCUACGCAAUGAUUGGUCUGGUCAAGGUUUCCAUCACAUUCUUGUUAAGCAAGAACUGCGAAGCUAGUGCGGCUGCGCAAUAUUCUUGGGCUCCCACUACGACGACAAACGCCAUCGAUGAAGGCGGUAGUCCCUCGUCCGAGCAAACAAGGCCUCUCCUGGAUGGCUUGCCCCGUCGCCCUUCGGUCCCGAAGCAAGCCAAUGCGAGAACCACGAUCCGUCCGACCCAGCCUUCUCCCCCCGACUCGUUCUCCCGCCGCCUCCGCGCCUCACUGAGCUCGCCCUGGAAAGUCUCCCGUUCCUCUCUGCCCAUCCUUUUACGUCUCUGUUUCCUAUUUGGCCUGAACGCAUUCGCCGCAGGCAUGCUCCCCGUCACCGUGAUGAGCUGGUAUAUGUCCUGGCGCAGCCGAUGGUUCUUGACUCACCGGAUUGGCUAUGCGCUCAGCGUCGUGUGGCUCGCAGCAAGCUUUUCGAAUCUGUUCAGCGCUGCCGUAGCUCGACGGUUGGGUCUCGUCAAAGCCAUGGUCUGCACGCACCUGCCCAGCGCUCUGUUUUUGGCACUUGUCCCGCUCGGGCUCAUAGCCUCCGGUUGGCAGUUAUUACUCAUCCUCCUGCUCGCUGACGCGGUAUUGGGAUCCAUGGAUCAAGCUCCUCGCGAAGCGUUUGUCGCCGCCGCAUUUCUACCUCGCGAGAGGACCCAGGUCAUGGGCACGCUGAACUUUGUGAGAACUUUGGCUGCGAGUCUGGGCCCGGUGGUCACAGGGCUCGUAUGGAGUAAACAGACGUGGUGGGUGCCAUUUGAAAUAGCGGCAGCUCUGAAGAUCUGUUAUGACGUGGGCCUGUUGAUUAUGCUGUUGAAGACCCCUCUCCCAGAGGAACACAGACGGGCGGUGGGUGGUUCGUUUGAUGGCGAGAGCCAACAUAUGACAAUGACUGCAGCCGACAUGGAUGUAAACGUUCUAUUGGACGAGUUGGCCACCAGCAGCGGUGGAAUGAUUCCGCCGAGCGAGUUUGAAGUCAGUGACGACGAAGGAGAGGACGACAGGAUGAUGGUCACGGAAGUGCGGGAGGACGCUUCCGCGCUACCAAAAUAUGACGAGUAG